CGCGAAACUGUUUUCCCCUCCAUCCGUGUGGCUGCUGCAGCUUUCCCAGCGCUGUGGCGAGAGGUGUAGUUUGAAAGCGGCCCUCUCUAUCCGUGCAGCCGUCGGUACAUUCACGCCUCUGGAACACCCCCGUCUUCGGCUCGGACCGCUCCAGUUGCGCGCGCGCGCACGUCGCGGUGGCAGCAGGUCACGAAGGUACUGUACCGAUUCCUCUUGGGGGGGCUGCUAGCCCCCGAGAGAUAGAUUCCAUGAAGGCGGUCAGCGUGCUCGCCUGCGCCUUCGUGGGAGUCAGCCUGUCCGCUGCGCUGUCCGUGCAUCCGGUGUCGAAGGGCCACCGUGGGAUCUCGACGCUCGAGCUGGGGGAAGUGGCGGCAAACGCCUCUGCGGUGGUGGGUACAUCCGAGGAGAUGAUCACCGUUCCCAGCGGCUCCGUGCUCGGUGUGAUGUCGCGGCACCUGCUGGUGAGCGCUGAGGCCAGGAAGGAGCCCAUCUACGUCGGCGACCCUCCGCCCAAGCACUCCGUCGUGAUCACGAGGUCCCAGUACUGGAUCCUGGUCGCGUCCUACGUGGCGCUGUGGAGCGCAGCCGUAUUCUUGAUCGGCUGGCUCUAUAUCAGGCAGAAGAUAUGGGCGCCGGUGGACCCCGAGGUGGUGGGUGCCGACCUCAAGAGGUUCUCGUCCGGCCCGUUCAACUGCCUGGACGACAUGCAUAUUUUCCUCUGGACGUUCCUGUGCCCGUGCAUUCGCUGGGCCGACAACGUCAGCAUGCUGGACCUCCUGGGCUUCUGGCCAGCGCUCGCGGUGAUGACACUGGUGAUGAUCAUGUACAGCCUCACGGGCUACGUGAUCAUUGCGGCACUGUCCGCCAUGGUCUGGACGCACUACCGGCAGAGGAUGCGGCAGAUGUUCGACAUGGAGGGCCAGUACGAGUGCGCUUAUUAUUCGUCCGAUUGCCUGCUGUACUUCGCGUGCAUGCCCUGCGCCAUCGCGCAGGAGUUUCCCAGUGUUCUACCAAAGCGUCGGCGGCACGGCGUCGAGCGCCGUUUUGGACAACUCGUGGGAGAUCGGAGCUCGGCAGUGCGAGGAGGCGGGAGGCGCCCUGGAGUCUGGCGGAGAGCGGCGGGCAAGCGGGUCGCGUGGUGGCGCACGAGGUCACGGCCACGCCCCCCGGCGAGCAAGUUGGUGUUGCUUGGAAGCGGGGGUGGUCAAACGCGAAGUGGGUGUUAUGCCUCCCAGUGUAUAACCUUGCCGUGCCACGCAGGGGUAUCGCGCAUCGCCGUUCCAGCCGCCCGGGGGGCAGGCGUCCCCGACGGCGGCAAAGUUGAUUGAAUCGCUUCGCUCAUUCCGCCGGUCCGUCCUGUG